AUGGCUCCCAGGGGUCGCUCGGCGAAGGCUUCAGCUGACGCUCCUCCUCCUCACACCAACCAGCCUGAGGUCGAUCAGCCUGUCGUCGACCAGUCUGAUGUCAACCAACUUGUUCCUGAAAGGGAGCCUGCGGACAAGCAUAUCGCGUCAGAUGAGAUCAACACGGCUCUGAACAAUGAGACUACAGCGGCAACCUUUGUCUCCACGUCAAGAUUACCUGCUCCGGCCGCCGGCAGCUCCGGUCUUUCCGUUGAAGAUAAGAUUCAGUCGAGUCAGCCUGCUAUAAUGGUGGAACAACAGUUUUUGGAGGAUGACUCUGAUGAGGAGUUAGACAUUGAUAUCGCAAAGGAAGAUGCUUUUCGCCUUCGUUACACCGUGAUCUUACUCAUUCCGAUGGUUUUGUCUCAGGAGAUUAAAGCCAUUAUUGCUGCAGUACGUCUCCUCAUGCAAAAAGUGUGGUGCUCGUCUCUGACUCCGAAUGCCGGUGUUACGGCGAACAUUCAGGAGAUGACUCCUGGUUUUGUGGCCAAGACGCGGUUAUGUCGGCUGCAGAUAUCCUUCCUCGACAAACGCGAUGCUCACCACAUCAAGUUCCAUGUUUUCGAGUACCAGAAGACGAACAGUCCGUCGAUCAAGUGUAUUUGGCAGCACACGGAGGACCUGUCUUACCUAAAGGAGAAGGCUGCUCAUCCUCUCGCUAUUGAAGUGCUUUUCAAACGUGUUCCUGCUAAAUACACUGUUGCUGGAUGUGCUGAAGGAUUUGCUGCCAUCGCACUUGUCUCCACCGGCAGCAACCGCGAGGAAUGGAUCUGCACGCAAGUGUGCUGUGGGAAGACAAAGGGGAAAACUUUCAUGGCUGCUGCGGAACACAUUGUCUCCGCGUCCCAUCUGCUGAACCUGGAGAAGCUUGGAACUGCUACCAAAGCCUCGCUGGACAAGCUGAACCUUGCUCAUCUGAAGAAAGACUAUGGACUCUGA